AUGGCUACAAAGAACGAUAAUCCAAACUUUUAUGACUGCCUGAUCAUUGGUGCUGGUAUAUCGGGCAUCAAUGUGGCAUAUCGACUGCAGGAGCAAUCACCUAACCAGUCAUAUGCGAUCAUUGAGGCUCGAGACUCGCUCGGCGGUACCUGGGAUCUGUUCCGUUAUCCUGGCAUUCGCAGCGAUUCUGAUAUGUACACAUUCGGCUUUGAAUUUUUCCCAUGGAAGGAGUAUCGCACAAUGGCAGACGGAGCAUCUAUCAAGGAAUACUUGACUGAUGCUGCAAACACUUUCGGCAUCGAUAAACACAUUCACUAUCGCCACAAACUUCUUUCGGCGAAUUGGUCCACGGAUCAACAGAAUUGGAGUUUUGAAGUCGAAGCACCAGAGGGUCAGAAAAAUUUGCGCUCUCGCUUCGUUGUAUUCUGUACAGGAUAUUAUGAUUUCAAUGAAGCUAUGCCUGCUAAGAUUCCUGGGAUUGAAAACUUUCAAGGAAAAGUUGUUCACCCGCAGUUCUGGCCAGAGGACUUAGAUUACACCAACAAAGACGUGGUUAUUGUCGGUAGCGGUGCUACUGCUGUGACUCUCCUUCCUAACAUAGCCAAGAAGACAAACAAGGUGAUCAUGCUACAGCGAAGCCCGACCUAUAUUGCAGCAGUGCCACAGCGGGAUCACCUCUCAUACUGGCCCGCCAGGUUUUUACCUGUCAGUUGGACAUACAAACUCAGGCGUUUCCAGUUCUUGAUCCUGCCGUUCCUCUUCUUCAAGUUCUGCAAAGCCUUCCCGGAUCGUGCCAGAAGGCUUCUGCAAAAGGGAGCCGCGUCAAAACUUCCAGAAGGCUAUCCCAUAAAACCCAAUUUUGAUCCAAGCUAUGGACCAUGGGACCAAAGACUAUGCGCCUCACCAGACGGAGACUUCUAUCAAGCCAUCAAAGAUGGACAGGCCGAGGUUGUCACAGCUCAAAUAAAGCAAGUGACAGAGAAGAGUAUCCAUCUGGAAGGCUCUGAUCGCGUCUUGAACCCCGACAUAAUCGUCACCGCUACCGGAUUGAAGCUUAUCAUGGCGGGAGGUGCCAAAUUGUCUGUUGACAAUGAACCUCUUGAAAUAUCGCAGAAACAUCUCUGGAAAGGUGCCAUGAUUGAAGAUAUUCCCAAUGCUGCCAUUGUAAUUGGUUAUACUAAUGCAUCUUGGACUCUUGGCUCGGACGCAACCGCGCAGUUCGUAACACGCCUCUUGAACCACAUGGAGAAGAACGGCUUGUCGCAAGCGGUGCCCCGAGUGGACAAGAACACUGGUCUGCAAGACCGAUCAGUUCUGGACCUAAGCUCUACAUACAUUGUUAAGGCAGAGGGCAAUCUUCCCAAAGCCGGCAACAAAGCACCCUGGCUUCCGCGCUCAAAUUACAUGAGAGAUCUUUGGGAGAUGAAGUUUGGCAGCAUCACACACGACAUGCAAUUUUCAAGGAUCUCCACGUAG